CAUUGCCAUCUGGUAGCACUGUUUUGCGAUAAAAAACUAUUCUUUAGCUUUGCAACUUUAAUUAACAAUUAAACAAUUGAUAAAAUUAAAAGGCGAAAAUAUAGAACGGCCGGACUAAUGGCAGUGAGCGGGGAAAUGCGCGGGUCGAAGGGCAGCCAAGGUCACAACGCGGAAGUAGAGCAAUUGCAGCUGUAACUGUAACCGUUAACCCUGGGCAGGGCGCGGGGGUUGGGUUGGCUAGGGGAAGAAGAGGAGGCAGAGUGGAAGAGGAAGAGCACAUCUUGAGUUCCGGAGGCGGAGGAGAAAUGGAGCUGCUGGACAGGAGCCCCGUGGAACCCAUAGCAGUCAGCUUGCAGCAGGAGGGGGAGCAAGAGGAGGAGGAGGAAGACGAAGAGGAGGAGGAUGAUGCCAACAAGGAGGAGGAGGCCUUCUACGAUUCGCGCAAUGGCAACGAAAGCGAUGAACUGGAACAGGCCUUCCAAAGCGCCCUCACCCUGACCAACGAUGUCCAGGUGAGUGUGAGUGAGGUGGAGGUGGAGCAGGAGAAGGAGGAGCAGCUUCCUGAGCAUCAGGAGCACCUGGGCGCCUGCGCACUGGCAUCCCCCAAGGAGGAGGAGAAGCCACCCCGCCACCAGACGCUGCUCUCCACGAAAUCCUGCGAGACCAAUCCAGCCAACAGUGCCACCCUUUCGCCCACAAAUUCCUACAACGGCAGCAUCGGCAGCGAUGGCGGCAGCAGCAGCGUGGGCGUGGGCGGCGGUGCCCGUCGCAAAUCCUGGACGCUGUCGCCUCAAAGCGGCGGCUCCACGCCCCUCAGCGGCGCCAAGAAGAAAACCAAGGCCACCGCUAGCAACUCCCUGGCCAAUGGAGAGGGUUUUAACCUAUGGGUGGCUCGCGAAUGCUUUGAAACAGUGCCCGCCGAAAUGGUGGAUAGCCUGAGCAUGGCUGAGGUGGAGGAGGAGCAAGAGGAGGAGGAGCAGCAGGAGCAGGAGGAGGAGGAGGAUGAGGAGGACGAGGAGGCGGCUGCCGUGGAGAGUCUCCUGGGAGCAGCCGCUGCCCUCCAGGCUAGCACACAUGUGCAGCGCCGUCAGCAGCAGCAGAAGCAAGAGCAACAGCAUCAUCAUCAUCAUCACCAUCUGCAGCCGCAGCAUCGUCCGCUGGAACGCUCCUGGCCGCCGCGUGCCGUGGGUCGCGAUCUCAAGCUGCAGGGCGAUGUCUUUCAGUUCGACAUUCUGGACACGGACGAGCGGCUGGCCGAGAUGGAGAUGGCCCAGUGCGGCAGCUCGAACAACUCACCACUGGCCACGCCUCCCGUGCGUUUCAAGCCGCUGCUGAAGAAGAAAAUCGGUCCGGAUAGCUACAUCAAUACGAUUAGCACGCAGAAAGUGCCCGUGCAUCAGAGCUAUGAGUUUCCCACCUUCCCCAGCUCCUCCUCGGGUGUCGGAUCCUCGUCGCAAUUUCCCCAUCUCCGCCAGCACCGUCCACUCACCCGAGCUCUGUCCAAUGGCAAGGCUAGCUCCUCGGAGGAUCAGGCCUCGCCGCGACUCCUGCUCUCGCCAAAGCGUCCCCGAAGUCCGCCCUCCGGCUGCUCCACGCGCAGUGCCUCGCCGCUGGAUCUCAGCCUCAGUCCCGAGCAGCAUUCGCCCACCAGAGGAAGGGGCGUGGGUGGCAUCCAGGAUGCUGGGACGCCGCAGCGACCGCAGCAGCGGCUGCUCAAGCGCGUGGGCGGAGGAGCCGGAGGAGGAGCCACUGGUUCGCCUCUGGUGUGUCCUCCCACGCCAACUCAUCAUGCAAGGCGACAUGCCCGCCUGCAAGCCGUCACUGCCAACUCCAGCGGAGCAGGAGAACCCAGUGUAGUCGCCCCUAGUCAAUUGGAGCCGCCGCCCGAUGAGGUGGUGCAUAUUAGUAGCACCCGUUUGCCCUCCAUUCCCGAACGCAGUGCAGCUGCGGCAGCGGCGGCGGCGGCAGCAGCAGCGGGAGCAGCUCUCAUGGAACCCGGAACAGGUGUUGCAAUGUCCAGCGGAGCAGCGGGAGAGCCACCACUGCCGCCGGCGUGGGAGGCACGCAUGGAUAGCCACGGGCGCAUCUUCUACAUUGAUCACACGACGCGGACAACCUCCUGGCAGCGACCAGGAGCGGCACCAAGUGGCGGACCAGCCGGGCGGGAGCAGCAUCAUCGCCAGCAGCUGGACAGAAGGUAUCAGAGCAUCCGGCGCACCAUAACCAAUGAGAGCAGAGCCGCUCAGCUGUACAAUCUGCCUUCGUCGGGUAAUCCUCCAGUUGCUGCUCCAGGUGCUCCUACUGCUCCUCCUCCUCCCCCCGCCGCUCAUCCCGCCAUCCUGAUGCUCUGCCGCCCGGAUUUCUACUCCCUGCUGCACACCAACGAAGCUGCGCUGGCCAUUUACAAUCGCAAUGCCGCCUUGAAACACAUGGUCAUGCGCAUCCGACGGGAUCCGCAGUGCUUCCAGCGGUAUCAGUACAACAAGGAUCUGGUGGCGCUGGUCAACACCUUCGCACAGAUAAGCAGGGAACUGCCGUCGUGCUGGGAAACGAAGCUGGAUCAGUCGGGCAAGCAGUUCUUCAUUGACCACCAGCAUCGACGCACCUCCUUCAUGGAUCCCCGCCUGCCGGUGGAGUGUCCUCGGGUGGUGCGACAUCGCCAGCAGCAGCAGCAAACGCAGCAGCCGACAAGUGGCGUGGGCUACUAUUAUCCCGAUCUGGUGGAUGGCAACUGCCUGUCGGCCACCAGUGGGCAUAUAAAUGCCAGUCCGGGAUCCUCGGUCUCUGGAGUGCCGCCCCUGCCGCCGCCCAGGCCCUCCUCCUCCUCCUCCUCCGCCGCCUCCUCAUCCGCCGCCCGGAGCAGCCAUGGUCAUGGCCACAACUGCACCACCACGGCGGCCAUUGCCUGUGCCUUGAGCAUGGAUCGCUCGGCGGGCGGAGCAGCCGGAAUGGGAGCUACCGGAAUGGCCGCUGGGUACGAGGAUGUGCCCAUUGCCUACAACGAAAAGGUCAUUGCCUUCCUGCGCCAGCCAAACAUCCUGGAGAUUCUGAGAGAACGCCAGGGACAGCACACCAUGUCCCGGCCGCUGCGCGAGAAAAUCAAUAUACUGCGAGUGGAGGGAGUUCCCGCUCUCGAGAGAUUGGGCCACGACCUACAACUGACCAUUUUGCUGAGCCUGUUUGAGCAGGAGAUCAUGAGCUAUGUUCCUAUUGAAGAGCGCAGUCCCCAGGGAUCGCCGGUGCUCAGUUCCCGGAUGCCGCAGCGGGCGCCGCCGCCGUUUCGCAGGGAUUUCGAGGCCAAGCUGCGCAGCUUCUACCGCAAGCUGGAGUCCAAGGGCUAUGGCCAGGGGCCGCACAAGCUAAAACUCCACAUCCGACGCAGCCAUUUGCUGGAGGACGCCUUCCGUCGCAUCAUGUCGGCGAACAAGAAGGACCUGCAGCGCGGCCGCCUCGCCGUCCUGUGGGACACGGAGGAGGGCCUGGACUACGGCGGACCCUCCCGCGAGUUCUUCUUCCUGCUCUCCCGCGAACUGUUUAACCCCUACUACGGCCUGUUCGAGUAUUCGGCAAAUGAUACGUACACGGUUCAAGUGUCGCCGCUGUCGGCGUUCGUGGACAACUGCCACGAUUGGUUCCGCUUCAGUGGUCGUGUUUUGGGUCUGGCCCUCGUCCAUCAAUAUCUGCUGGACGCCUUCUUCACGCGGCCCUUCUACAAGGCUCUCCUGCGACUGCCCGUCGCCUUGAGUGAUCUGGAGUCGCUGGACAAUGAGUUCCAUCAGUCGCUGCAGUGGAUACGCGACAAUGACAUUGGAACGGGCGUGGAUCUCGGUCUGACCUUCUGCGUCACCGAGGAGCUGCUUGGUCGGGUGGUGGAGCGUGAACUGAAGCCGGGCGGCAAGAACAUCAUUGUGAACGAGAAGAACAAGAAGGAGUAUCUGGAGCGGAUGAUCAAGUGGCGGCUGGAGCGAGGCGUUCAGGAGCAGACGGAGUCGCUGGUGCGCGGCUUCUACGAGGUGGUCGACUCGCGGCUCGUCUCCGUCUUCGAUGCCCGUGAAUUAGAGCUGGUGAUAGCAGGAACCGCCGAGAUCGACACGAACGAUUGGCGCCUGAACACAGAGUAUCGGUCGGGGUAUCACGACAACCACCAGGUGAUCGUGUGGUUCUGGCAGGUCAUCGAGCGGUUUAGCAACGAGCAGCGUUUGCGUCUGCUGCAGUUUGUCACCGGCACCUCGAGCAUUCCGUACGAAGGUUUCUCCGCGCUGCGCGGAUCGACGGGACCGCGGCGUUUUUGCAUCGAGAAGUGGGGCAAACCGAAUGCCCUGCCCCGCGCACACACCUGCUUCAAUCGGUUGGAUCUGCCGCCCUAUCCCACGCCCGAGCUGCUCUACGAGAAGCUGCUGCUGGCCGUCGAGGAGACCAACACGUUCGGCAUCGAGUAGGCAGCACGUGAUAUUAUUGCACCUCAGCCGCCGCACUUUGUUGCACCCAAAAAAAAAAAACGCUUUAUUUCGAUUUUAGAAGUUUUUUUUAGAACUUGCCUAAGUCUAGGAAUUCGGGGUGAUGCAGAAAUCUCUGAGAAAACUAUUUAAAAUCAAUUGAAUUUAAUUUUUUGAAUGCUAAUCCCUAGAUAUAAUAAACGAAAUUUGAAGUUUACUUCGUUUCCCUUGAGAAAAAAUUAGUUGUUAGCUAUUUCUAGGCGCCUAAAUUAUACUGGGAUUUCUGCAACACCCCACCCCGAUUGUACUGUAGUUAUUUAUAUACGUAGGUUACCCGUCCCCUUCAAAAGAAAACAAAAAAGAGAAGAAGCCUAGCCAUAGACAGACUCGCUACUUUAGGCAUCCCACACACUAGUUCGUAGACAAUUUGCCUUCGCCUUCGUUUGCCGUUCACUGAAUGGAAGUUACCUCAAGAGCAAAACGGCUUGCCAGCGCCGCCAGUCAUUAGUCCUAAGAUCUUAAAACCCAAACCUUAUAAGACCCCCAUAAACUUAUAAACUGUAAGCCUAAGGAUCCUUCGCUUGACUCUGCCUGAUUUACAAUCGAAACGAUGCCAACUGCCUCUAGAGAAAUUUUCAACGCCUAAUCGCUGCUCCAGAUUCAGAAGUUCAACGGGGGCCCCAAAGAAAAAAAGGAGAGCAGAGCAACUCUACGCCAAUACUUAACUAGCUUAUAAUGUUGUCUUAGCCUUAACUCGAAUUCCAACUCAAAUUUGAACACUCCCUAGAUGUGUGCAUUCCAAAUAAGCGUAUUGUGGAUGUCAGUUAUUAUAUAGCAUAUAAUAUAUAUACCCCUAUUUACCCCUCUCUCCUUUAACCCAAACAAAAAAAGUAUGUAAACUGUUUUUGAAUUUACAAAACCCCUUAACUAUCCGUGCGGAGGCUGCCGUGUGCUUCCUGCGGCCUGCCACUUGACCAAAUCUCUGGCCAGGACACAGGACUCCACAUGGCGGCUCCGAUCGGGUCUAUAUGGUAUAUUAUAUAUACACAUUUUGGCUGCUGUUUUGCCAACGAUUACAAAUUGGUCCAGUGCGUUGCUUCGGCUUUAUUGGUUAUUUCGGCGCAUAAAAUUAAUAUGGAUUAUAUUUAACGAAAACAUACAAAAAUUCGAAACGUAGCUAAAUAAUU